CAGAAAGUGGAAUUCGAAAAUUAUCGUUACCGUUUGUGGCAUCUCGAAAUGGGCGAAAUGGAUUCCGCUAAGCGAUUAGAAGCAGAACAAAAAGUCUUGGAAGAAGCAUUAGAAUUAGAGGAAACAUCUUUAAAUGCCAUUUAG